AUUAAGUAGUUGAACUAGCGAAUUAAUAGCGACGUGCUUACUGCCGUCGGCUCGCCAGUCAUUAAAAGUCGGGCAGGCGGAAGCCACACGCAGAAUAAAGCAAAAUCGGCGGACAGACAGAUAUAGGAUUUGAAUAUGGACAUCGAUAAGGACGGUGAUAUCUUGCGGCCACUUAGCGAUGGUGAAGUGGACGAACUGCUCGAUCUGUACAAAGCCAAAUAUGGGGUGAAGAACUUCCACUACCUAUUGAUCUACAAUCAGCGCAAGUGGGAUCGACAGUUGGACGAGGCCAAGGUAUCGCGCGAUGAUCCCAACUACAUAUCCCUGCGGAAGCAGUUCUUCACCCACCGAAAGGGGGACUUCCGGCAGUGGGGCACCUAUGUGAGUCUGCAUCGGGACAUCGUGCAGAGCGUCUCCUUCUUCAGCUGGCAGCCGGAUGGAGCUGCGGAGCUGUGGGAGUGCCUGGAGCAAACCCAGCUCAUCGAGUGGACCCAGGGCGCCCUGCUGACCAACGUGGAUCUGGGCUUUUGUGAGCGGAUCAAGGAGUUGGUCGCCGCACGCGGUGUCACCUCCAUUCAGCCGCGCCAGUGCUUCGGAAUGGUCCUGCCGCAUGAGGGUGCCUCGAGUGUGGAGGUUCCAGAACUGCUCUCCGAGUUCGACAUCCGGCGGCUGAAGGAUGAGGAUGCGGCCAUGGUGCACGAUACCUGGCCCAACAAGGGCGAGGGCUCACUCACCUAUCUCCGGGCUCUGAUCCGCUUCAACAAAUCCCUGGGAGUGUGCCGCAGCGACACUGGCGAACUGAUUGCUUGGAUCUUCCAGAACGACUUCUCCGGUCUGGGCAUGCUCAAAGUACUGCCCAAGGCGGAGCGAAGGGGACUGGGUGGUCUCCUGGCCGCUGCGAUGACCCGAAGGAUUGCCCGGGGCGAGGAUGUCACUCUCACGGCCUGGAUAGUGGCCACCAACUGGCGGUCGGAGGCGUUGCUCCAGCGGAUCGGGUACCAGAAGGAGGUGGUCAACGAAUGGAUCAAGCUGGUGCCCAAUCCCUCGUAGGCGCUCCAUCCACCGUUGGACUGCGGCGGUGGUGGACAUUCCGUUGGACAAAUAGGUUAGGUCAAGAAGUACACACGGUGAUUUGCAUUUGCUAUGCCUAUGUACAUGGUCAACAAUUUUAUUUCGGCAUUUUACAUGCGCUCACGCUGUCUGAAUACACUUUACUGCUUAAUCAAAUUCAAAAACAAA